AUGGGAGAGUGGGAUAUCUACUGUGCGAUUUGCGGGGCUCCUUUUUCCAGCCGGGUGGAUAUCGACCCGAAAGGAACCAAGCAAAAUCACUACCGCUACGAGAUCCUCAAAAACUCCAGCUUGAAAUGGCUCGAUGAAGUCCGUGCCCUGGGAAUCAAUGCGGACUCACCCGCAACCGAUAGAUCAUAUCUAACUGGUCUCGGUUGUUACUCUGACAUGGGGUGUAUAGAUGUUGCCAUCGGAAAUGACCCCAACCUUGUCAUGGAGCGCCCCGAUCUGGAGCCUCAAGAGGAGAUUAACCUAGUUGCAUACCAGGAUUAUAACGACGAGGAGGCACCGCAUGUCUUCCCUUUCCAUUCCAUCUGCUACGAGGAUAUCCUUCUGCGAUGCGUUUGGAAAGUGUCCCGGCAGCUCCAACGCCAAGUUCUCUUCAAUGCAUUCAAAGCUCUGCAUGAUUGGGGCCACGUCAGGCUGAAUGUGGACUACGGAGCGCCAAGUCCGCCAGAAGAACAAUACUGGGAAGCUAACAAGGGCGAAGAGGUCCUGGUGGUGAAUCCGGUCAAGAUACCCGAAUUGUAUGCUCACCUCGGCCGGAUCACAAAGUAUCGCGGAAUGAGUGAUAAGACGGCGGCGAAGGCAGGCCCUCGGCAACAUGAAGUCUUCAGUCGACUGCCAAUUGAGCUUCGCCAUGAGAUCUUCAGAGCCCUGCCAGUUGGUUCGAUCCUUUCUCUGAAGGCUGCUUCUGCAGUGAUGCAUGCGACCCCCUUGCCUGCCAGAGUCUGGAGGCGGAAGUUAGAAUGCGAGGUGCCGUGGCUGUGGGAACUCGCGGACUGUGACGUUUUCCAAUCUCAGGAGGUGGAAUCUCAGGCUUCAGAGCUGUUGCUCAACAUUGAUUGUAGAAGUCGAUACGCGGCUGAGAAUGACGACUAUGUCUUUGGGUUGGCUAACCGACGGAGGAUCUGGGGUGUUUGCGAGCAGAUCCGAAGUAAAUACUUGGAAUUGCUCGAAGGCGUGUCCGUGCUGGAAGGGUGA